CGGGAAAAACCAGUAAGAAACCAUACUCCCAAAGAUGCGAACCUUCCUCGCUUUGCUGGUGUUGUGCGCAUGCGCUUUCUGCGCACCCAUAGACCAAGAACCCAAAGUCGCAAAUGAUCCUGACAUUAUUUACAAUCUUGGAGACCUACUCCCUGAAAGACAAGAAAAAACGACGACCACAGAAAUAACAACUGUGACUAUUUCACCGGCAUUAUUAAGAAGACGCUUGCUCGUUAAACUAAAACCGAAGAUAGCAGAUACGAUACACGAUGUGGAGUAUGAGUUUAAUCUAUUUAGAAGUGAUGCGUGAGUUGACUGACUCUAUUUAGUUGUAAUAAAUACAGUGACAUCCUAUUCAUAUUUAUGUUUGUAUAACAUCAGGAAGCCUGUAUAUUAUUAGUUUAGUAAAAUUAUAAUUUUAAUAAAAUACUGCCUACAGCUAUAUUAAAAUUAUCAUUUCGUAAUAAAAGGAUAUAAGGUUAAUUUUGGUUAAAUGAUAAAACUAAAACGGAAUACAGCAUCGCUAAAUUAAAUUGAAUUAUAUAAAAUAUGCAAUUUCGUAAAAUACUUAUUUUGAAAUAAAGUUACAUUUUAUUUAUAAUAUUUCCUAAAUAUAUUAAAUAUUAUUGUUUUUGUAAAGUAAAUUAUAAAGACAUAAUCCUUAAAUCUAGCAUUUGUGUUUAAAUAUUUAUAUAGAUUAUAUAUACAUAGAUUAUAAUAUAUAUAAAUUAUAAUAACCUUUUCUCAUUUUAAAAUUUUGUGAAAACUUCAAUAAACAAAUAGUACGUAAUGUAACAUUAAUUAUUAUUAUUGAUAAUGAACUUAUAAUUAGCGUAACUACUUUGUUUGGGUAUAAAUUAUAUUAUCUUUUGGCAACACUAAUACAGACCGUCAUGUGAGUUUGUAUUAUACUUGGUCUUGUUCAAGUAAUGUCAUUGUCAGAUGUCACACAAAGUGAAUUAAAUACGAACGAUCAGCAAGGUUGCACAAGAACGGGAGGUGAAUGGACGUGAAUUUAAAUUCAUGAUAAAAUAAGCAAAAAAACAAUGAUACUGUAAUGGUUGUGAGUGGUGCGCUCGUGCAAACAUGGCUUACGAUAUCGGGUGGAUCAUCCCGCGCCUGCGAAACCCGGGUCGGCUGUGGUACUGCGCCAGUUCCAUCACGGUGGCAGUGGUUGGUUUGUUCAGCAAGUUAAUUGUAGAGUUCCUCAACAAGACGACGGUGUACAACCGCGAGGCACUGCUGCGCGCCGUCCAGCGGCCGCCCGACGUGCCGCUGCUGACCGUGUCCAACCACCACUCGUGCUUCGACGACCCCGGCCUGUGGGGCGUGCUGGACACGGGCACGCUGCUGCGCGGCGCGCGCAUGCGCUGGUCGCUGGCGGCGCACGACAUCUGCUUCACGAACGCGCUGCACUCCGCAUUCUUCGCGCUCGGGAAGUGCGUGCCCGUCGUGCGCGGCGCUGGAGUCUAUCAGCCGGCGAUGGACUUCUGCGUGGAGCGCCUGGAGCGCGGCGAGUGGGUGCACAUCUUCCCCGAGGGCCGCGUCAACGUGGAGAAGGAGCGCAUCCGCUUCAAGUGGGGCGUGGGCCGCCUCGUGGCCGACAGCGCGGCCCGCGGCUGCGCGCCCGUCGUGCUGCCCGUGUGGCACGAGGGCAUGGACCGCGUGCUGCCCAACACCGAGCCCUACCGCCUGCGCUGCCGCAACCGCCUCUACCUCGCCGUGGGCGAACCCAUCCGCCUGCACGCCCUGCUCGAUAAGCUGAAGACCGCCAACGCGACGGAGGAGGAGACGCGGCGCGCGAUCACGGAGCGCAUCCAGGACGAGCUGCUCAAGCUGCGCGAGCACGCGCACGCGCUCAUGCGCCGCGCGGUCGGCGCCGACGCCGCGCCGCCCGAGCGCAACCACAACUCGCGCGCCGCCGCCGACCGCCACGCCCCGCGCGCCGACCCGCGCGAGCGCGACCUGUGAGGCGCUCCACCGCGCGCGUCUGCGGGCUUUUAUGAUAAGUUUCUAAAUAGGAGAAUUAAACUUUUAUACGAACCUUUACAUUGUUAUCGUUUAUGAGUGACGUUUUCAUAUCUCUUGAUUUUAACGUAAAAACUUUGCUGCGCACAAGAACUCGGUGUAUCUGGAUAUAAUGUUCGGGAGUUAUUAUACAGUUCUCUUGACGUUCGAUCGCGCCGAGCGAGCUCCGCGGCGAGCGCGGCGGGCUCGCUUCUGCAGAUCUCUUGAGUCGUUUGAGAUCUAAUAUGAUACCCUUUUUUAAAUAGUUUUAUUCACGGUCGACUCGGCAGAUGUGGCCGAAGCAUUUACGUAUUCUCUUGUGAUUGACGUGUGUUUUACUGUAUCGGUGUUAGGAUCGGGCGCUCUGCUCGGAGCGAACGAUAGAGGUGUCUCUGCUUCGUCGGAUACGUGCACUCUGGGACGGCACAACUUAUACAAUUGCACUUAAAUUUAAAUAUUAUAACAUAACUUUUAUCUUAUUGACAAAAUUGGUGCAAUGAACUAUGAGUUAUUAUGCAAUAUAAAGUACUAAGGGAUGUUAGAGUGCACUGCGCUUUGUAGCCGUGUCUGUACUAAGUGUUACCAGUAUGAAAUGCCAUUACAAACAUUUUAACUUUGCCGCUCUGAAGUUGCAGCUUGUGACACGCGGUUGUCGAUUACGUUACGUGAACCUUACUCUUAUUAUAUAGUCUGCACUCGAUGUUUUCUGUUGUUGGUUUUUGUUAUUUUAUUUAUCCCGUUGAAGCUGUUCACUUCAACGGGCUUUUGUUAUUUUUGUUAUAUUCGCUAAUUAAAAAAAAAUUUAAAAAAAACAAAAAAAUAAUUGGUAUUGUGUAGCUAAGAACCAUUUAAAUAAACAAGAAUUUAAUUGAUUCAACUUAUCAUAGUUUUAUUUUCUAACAUCUCACUGGAACUAAUUCUUGUCUUCUUCACAUAUCCGUUUAAAAAUGGACUUUAAGAGAAGAGCUGCCUAAGAGCCGAGUUGAAAUGUUUGUAUCGUAGGAGCGUAACCCGACUCGUGCGCGGGGUGCGCGUGGUGCGCGGGGUGCUCGGUGUUACUCGUUGGUAUUAAUCGCAAUCAGUAUAAAUAUAUUUAAAGAAUGUUUCAAAAUGAAAAAAUCCUAUUUAUUUUUUAAUUUAUAAAUAAUUUUACACAUUAUUAAUUAUAUACAGCACCUACGUUUCAAAUCUUAUAUAAAAUUAAUAAAAAUAAUAUUUUAAUAAUUUAUCUUCUUUAUACAUUUUAUAAUAAUUUCGAUAGAUAAUAUUAAAUGUGAAUGUAUUCUCGUUUAGAUUGUAAAUUAAGAGCUUCCAGUGAGUUUCCUCUUCUAGAAAUAAUGUUUUGAUAACUCUUUACACAGUGUAAGCCCACAUCGUGUCAUAUACAGCCUUUCUAUAGUCGACCACCUGUAACCUGUCUAUGUCGCCACUGGAAUUAUACAAAGGACUGCCCGUCGAAGUGUAUUCGUACCUUUAGCUUACUUUGUACGAUUUAUUGAUAUUACUGUGUGUUGUAUUGAAAACUUGAUCGCGUAGACGUGCACCUUGAGGCAGUUAAAUAUCACUUCCAAUACUUAGUUGUUUCGACGUGUCUGUGUGACGCAUGUCUCGAGUCUAACGACCUCUAAAUAUGUGACGAUUCUAUAUAGUGUGUACGUGUUAGAGAUUUUACUACUAGAUGUAUGUUUUCAACUGCCGUUGAGCCGCCAUCUCAUGACCAAAGACUGUCCGACUUCACUCGGAGUGAAAAUAAUUAAAUCCAUUAACUAAUAAUACUAUUUUUGAAGACGUAUUCCAUUCUUAAAAUUCCCUGAUAAGUAAUAGUGUGACGUUUGACACGCUGGCACGCUACGACUCGCGCGGCCCGCAGGUACUCUGUGCCACAGUAGAUGACUACGAAAACCUCACAAGUAUAUCGCGAACGACAUUUGUAUAAAGUAAACCUUCCGAAUCGAUAUUUUUAUUUCCUUGAGUUAUAUUUACUUAAGUUAUUGACUGAAAUACAUAAUCAAAACGAUCGGCUGCUAAAACUUAAAAUUAUUAUUUUUUUAAAUGUCGUCGUCGUCGUCGGGCGGCACUCGGGGACAGCUACUCGAUUCGAAGUUAAUGUAAGCGUACAGAUUACGACACAGGAUUCCGAUCCGGUUCCGGGUGUUUUCUUAACUGGGUCAGGUUCAUAUUCAUGUAUGUUCCGAUUGACAUGUGUUUUUUGAGACUGUAUGUAUUUUUUUAAUAAAUCAAUGAAUUUGUGAAAAA